ACGGAACAACGUCUCCCCAAGAGCCAACGGGCGGUGACACGGCGAUUUGCAUUUCUUUCCUUGUAUUGGUAACUUUUUGUACCAUCCCCAUCGGGGCCGCUUCGUGCGCAGCAGCUCCGGGCUGAGAGCACGACCUUAAGAAUUGCGCUGUGAUGAAGGGCUGAGCUCUGGCUGCUUCCCAAGGACGCAGGGCUGCCCGCUGCCGCCGAGCCCCGAGCUGCACGCAGGGCUCGACCUCACCGCCGUGCACCCAGGACACAGGGGAGCAGCAGGAGGAGGCUGCGGGGGCCAUGGGUGGCCACAACCCCACCGAGGUGCAGAUGAGCCAACUGGUUCUGCCCUGCCACAGCAAUCAGCAUGGGGAGCUCAGCGCCGGGCAGCUGCUCAAGUGGAUCGACACGGCUGCUUGCCUUUCGGCUGAGAGACAUGCUGGCUGCCCGUGCGUCACUGCCUCGAUGGAUGACAUCUAUUUUGAGCACACCAUUAGCGUUGGACAAGUCGUUAACAUCAAAGCCAAAGUGAACCGAGCCUUCAACUCCAGCAUGGAGGUGGGCAUCCAGGUGAGCUACGAGGACCUGCGCAGCGGGAAGCACUGCAGCAUCUGCAAGGCUUAUGCCACCUUCGUGGCGCAGGGUCCCCUGGGCACCAAGGUGAAGCUGAAGCCGCUGACCCCGCAGACAGAGGAGGAGAAGAUUGAGCACAGCAUUGCUGCCGAGCGCCGUCGGAUGCGGCUGGUGCACAAGGACACCCUCAAGGACCUCCUCACCCGCAACACCAGUAACACCGAGAUGGAGACAAGGGAUGGCAGUGCGGUGGUGCCGGCUGAGAAGACGCGAGUGGAGAGCGUGGAGCUGGUGCUGCCGCCGCACGCCAACCACCAAGGCAACACCUUUGGUGGGCAGAUCAUGGCCUGGAUGGAGAAUGUGGCCACCAUUGCAGCCAGCCGGCUGUGCCAUGCCCACCCCACACUGCGUGCCAUCGAGAUGUUCCACUUCCGCGGGCCGUCGCAGGUCGGGGACCGCCUGGUGCUCAAGGCCAUCGUCAACAACUCCUUCAAGAACAGCAUGGAGGUGGGGGUCUGCACCGAGGCCUAUGACCAGGAGAUGUCUGUCAGCCGGAGGCACAUCAACAGUGCCUUCAUGACCUUCGUGGUGCUGGAUGAGGAGGGCCGGCCCCGCACGCUGCCCAUGGUCGUGCCCCAGCCGGGGGAUGGAGAAAGGCGGUACAGAGAAGCCAGUGCUAGGAAGAAGAUUCGGCUGGACCGGAAAUACGUUGUCUCCUGUAAGCAGACGGAGGUGCCGCUGUCUGUACCCUGGGACCAAAGCAAUAAGGUGUACCUGAGCUACAACAACGUCUCUGCGCUGAAGACACUCGUAGCCAAAGCCAACUGGGUGCUGGCCAGGGAGAAGGAGAAGGUGCAGAUCUACACGCUAGAGGAGGACAAGUUCCUCUCUUUCCGCAUUGAGAUGUCAGUGAACAUCUCAGCCAGCCAGGCCUUCUCCCUGCUCUCCGACCUGCGGCGCCGGCACGAGUGGGACAGCCACUAUGAGAGUGCCGAGCUGGUGCAGCAGGUGGAUGAGGAUGAUGCCAUCUACCACGUGCUGAGCCAGGCACUCAGCUCUGAGAACAAGCCGCAGGACUUUGUCAUCCUGGCCUCCCGGCGGAAACCCUGCAGCAGAGGGGACCCCUACGUGGUGGCCUUUCGGUCGGUGACGCUGCCCACGCACCCUGCCAGCACCAACUACACACGGGGUGAGACGCUCUGCUCUGGCUUCUGCGUGUGGCCGGAGUCAGAGGAGAUGAGCAAGGUGGCUUACUACAACCAGGCGACGCCCGGGUACCUCAACUAUGUCACCACCAACGUGGUGGGGCUGUCCUCCAACUUCUGUGCCACCUUCAAGGCCUGUGAGAAGUUCCUGUUGAAGAACAAGGAUGACCUUAUUGCACUGCUGCAGGACCUCUAGGCCUGGGGCUUUGCUGUUACCCAUGGACAGACGUGGUCUUGCAAAGAGGGGUGUGGGGACAGAGUGGUGGCACUCAGGCUGUGCCUUGCUGGGGCUUUGGCCUGAGCAAGGUCAGUGAGAUGGGGACAGAGGGGUGUCACAGGGAUGCACCAUCUUCAUACUGAUACUUCCAGUCCUCUUUUUUCCCCUAAUUUUAUAAGCUGCUGAGUAGGACUUGAAUUUUAGUUCAACUAAUGCUACUUGAUUCUUUGUACAAUCCCAACUCUUCCUAAUACUGAUUUUUUUUAGUUGUUUCUUAAUGAGAGAAACUUUUUUGUAGUGGUGUGGAUAGGGUCUGUGCUGUGGGAUGUGCUGCUCCACUGCCCCAGGCUGCAGGGCAGGGCUGGGGCACGACCACACUGCCCCUUGGCUCUCACCCAGAGCAGGGGGAGAUGCACCUGCAGGGUGGGAAAUGGGCUGCUUGUGCACCCACAGCGGGGCUGUCAGGUUUUCUCUGUUCCUGCAAGAAGGUUGGCUGCCACCAUGUCCCUGCCUCACAUUCACUGAUUUGGGUUCCCAACCCAAGAUGCUGAUGGGAUGCCCACACUGGGCUGAGACCCCAAUCCCAUCACACUGCCCUGCAGUCCUGCUCCUGACUACAGCUCUGCGUGGAAGGAGUGGCAAUAAAAGUGCAUCAGAAGGAAAAACCUUUACCUGCCUGAAGGUCUGCUUUGGGGGCUGUGGUGCUGCUGCCCUGGCAGUUAGAUCUGUACCGUACCUUGAAUUAUAGUCAUCCCCUGUGAGCCUCCACCUCCCCUGCCCUCUUAUCACUACCAGAUAAAGCUG